AUGGCGAUGGCGGCGGCGAUGGCGAACCCUGGGGCCGCGGGCACCGGCACCGGCACCACCUUCCUCCGCCGGAUGCGACGGCGGGCGCGGGGCAGCGGAGCGGAGGGGGAAGUGCCUCCGCCGCUGGGUGCGAUCCCUCACGCCGUCCCGCCUCAGCCCGGCCACCGCCCCCUCACGCCGUUCCGCCCUGCUGCUGUGAAGUCCGGUGCGGCGGCGGGCGUCAUGGUGCGCUCGCUCAACUCCAUCGUGGCCGUCUGCCAGAACAUGGGUAUCGGGAAGGACGGCAGCUUGCCCUGGCCGCCGCUGAGGAAUGAGUACAGGUACUUCCAGAGAAUGACGAGCACGUCCCAUGUGGAAGGUAAACAGAAUGCACUGAUAAUGGGUAAAAAAACCUGGUUCUCCAUUCCUGAGAAGAAUCGUCCUUUAAAAGACAGAAUUAAUAUAGUGCUCAGCCGGGAGCUCAAGGAAACCCCGAAAGGAGCACAUUAUCUUUCCAAAAGUCUGGAUGAUGCUUUAGCUCUUUUGGAUUCACCAGAGUUAAAAAGUAAAGUAGAUAUGGUUUGGAUUGUUGGAGGCACUUCGGUUUACAAGGCAGCGAUGGAGAAGCCAAUUAAUCAUCGAUUGUUUGUGACAAGAAUUUUGCAGGAAUUUGAAAGUGACACAUUUUUUCCAGAAAUCAACUAUAAAGACUACAAACUUCUCGCAGAGUACCCAGGUGUCCCUGCUGAUAUCCAAGAGGAGAAUGGCAUCCAGUACAAAUUUGAAGUGUAUGAAAAAGCUGUCUUGGCACAAUAAAUGAGGCUUUCUGUACUUCUGUGUUAAGGGUAGGCAUUUUAAAUCAAGAAAUCUUACUGAGUGCAAAUAUAUAUUAAAUACAUAUAUUAAAGUCCUGAUUGAUAGUACAAUACCUCAGUAGUGAAUGAUUCCAAAAAACACAUGCCACGCUGAAUAUACACCCUGCAGUGGAAAUAUGAGGGUGGUCAGCAGCAUGAAGGAGGUAGCUCUAAGGAACACCGCACCUAAGGUUGCAUGAGACCUUGCGUUGAUUUUUACAGUCUAUGGCAACAUUCCAAGAGUAAUGAAAGGCAUUAGACUGCGUCAGAACCUGUCUACCUGAACAAAGGGUUUGCAUAUCUCCUCAUUCAGAAUGUCCAGCACUUAGAAAGUGUCAAAACUCUUGAGUUUGACUGGGAUGGUAUCUACUUUUCUAACAAUCCUUAAAACAUACUGGUGUAGUGGAAAAAGUAUGCGGGCAUAACAAAAAAUGGAAUCUGGGAGUCUCAGGCAGCAGUUGAGGCAUAUGUUGAUCCUUCAUGGAAGUCCUCUUGUCAUCUUAACCGUCCUGGGUACACAGCCUACUUCAAGCCUUUUGGCUGACAACACUGACUUACAAAUUAGUCUGAUAAAGAAAUUUUAACAUUUCCAUUAACUUCACACCCGUUUAAAGGCUUGCUGCUCUUAUGAAAAGGUGCUAUGUCAGUUUGACCGUGACCAUUUUGCAGUGCAAGAACAUAAACAUUGCUUUCUUAACAGAAUCUGUGUUCUUGUGUCCCUUCUAAAUGUUGUCAAUGCAGAUGCAGAGUGUUAAUUUGUCGGUGUGAUUUUGAAUAUUCUGUGUGGCAUACAAAUAUGGAUUAUAAGCAGAUAGUGGGGUCCUGUUUCCUAUUUCAUUAAAUGCAGCUAUUAUAAUAAUGUUUUUCAUUACUGUUCUCUAAAAGUAGCAAUGUACGGGUACUGUAGUAACACUGUGAUUCUAAUGGCAUACAAUGCCAACUGUUGACCAAAGUUUGUUAUUCCCAGUAUUAUCACAACAUGAUCGCUAAUGUUAGUCUGUUCCUGCGUUCUGGCUGUGGGGAGUUUGCCAGGCGGCAGAGGACUCCAUGUACAAAGUGUCAGGGAGAGGAGCUGGGACAUACCGUGCCCAUCUGUGCUUGGGCUGCAGCUGCCACCCUGAGAGUGAGAGCCUACAAGGGGGGAGCCCUGCCUCCCCUGCACUGCUGGUGAGUCUGCGACCAGAAGAGUAGAAAAAAAAGUUUAAAAAAAACCCAAAAGGCAAAACCUCAAAACUCUGGUGGACUGUUUCUGCAAAGCAUUUUAAAAGCUUUGUCUUAUGAAGCAGUAUUGUGGGAGAUACAAGUAAUAAUGCUUGCCCUUGUCACACAGGCCCAGUUCUGACGUCAGGGAGGGUGGCAUUGGCCGUCAGCAGGUUUUACAUGUUAUAACUAUGGAGGACCGUAACAGCACCUGGUUUUCUAAGAUUAAACCCUGAUUUCCUUGCUUUCGAAAAAACAAGCCUCUUUGAUGAAACACUUAGAAUUAUCAGCUAUGAACACCUCUUGAAUUUUCCAUGGCAAUUUUACAACAUUUCACUGAUGAAAAAGAUAAUUUUGGCAGCAUCUGUUCUGGGUUGUCUCAGUAUUUUCUCUGUUCCUUUUGCAUUCUGAAAAAUAUAAGUACUUCCCUGUGUUGGUCUUUUUGUUCCACGUGUGCUGACUUUACAUCAUUUGACAAAGAUGAAAACAACAAAGUUACAUGCUUGCGUAAUACAACAAAAAGUCUCCUGUGUUUUAGUUUGCCAACACAUUGUGAAAGGGAAGGAAAAAGACUGUUACCAGGGGGAUGGUAUUUUUUUUUAAAUAUAUGUCACAGUGACCCUGACAAGAGAAAAUAGUCUCCCAAGAGCAUUUAAUAUGUACCAAAAAACAGGUCACUAUUGAAAGCUCUGCGGAGCUGCUCUGCAAAGUACCGUGUUUAUGGCAAGUGACAUUUAUUAGACAUGGAAGCAAAGACUUCAUGCGAUGUUGAAUUACACUGUGAUACUGAUGCGAACAUAUGUUAGUAAAUUUCUGCCUGAGCAUACAUUGCAGGAGAUACGUUUCCCUGAGCCCAGAAUGUUUUGUAACACCACUUUGGUUGCGGAGAACUUUAAGUUGGAUGCAAACAAGCCCACUGGGAACAUAAAUAGUUAUCUGACUCUUUGUGGACUGACUUAGUCCUCUCCAGAUUUAACUGUGUUCAUUUGUCAAAUUCUACAACAAAUUAAGCCAAUUUAUGAUUCAUGGAAAUGAGAACUUGUGAAAUAACAUAGCAGUUUCCUACUUAAAGCUUUUCAGAACGUAUUAAUGAUGCAGUUUGUUUGGUAUGCCGCCCUGCCAAAAAGAUGCAUUUUUGAUUGUUUUGGUUUUUCUUUUAAUAAAAGCACUGCAUUUGGACAGCA